GAAGGUCGUCUCGAAAAAAGUGGCCCAUGCAAGCCAUGCUCCGGAUGUCUGUAGAGUGACAGUUCUUCGCACUCAAGAGCGGAUCAAAGCUCUGGCGGCGGCCUCGGGCGAGGCCCCCGUGAAGAUCGUGCAGCAAGUCACGGCAAGUGUACCAGCGUCUUCAAGGCAGCACCUUCCAAGUGAGAAGCAUUGCGUCAGAUUGUAAGAAGGAAAAGGAAAGCGGACUGCCCACACGAGCCGUCUGCCGUGCAGGAGCUCAUCGUCGAGGGCGAGUUCUGCACAACCUUAGAUGGCCGUGAGUUUCUGCGAUGCGACUGCACCAGCCCAGAUGGAGCUCGACUCCUCAUUUUUUUCAGGGACGAGAACAUCAGGAAACUGAACGACGCUCCAAUCUGGCUCAUGGACGGAACAUUUAAGACUGUGUCGCCGCUCUUCGAACAGUUAUACACAAUUCACGGUUAUCUUCAUGGCCAUGUGUUCCCUUUUGUUUACUGCCUAAUGACUCGACGAACCCAGAUGGCGUACGAGAUGCUCUUCGAGGAAGUGCUGAACUUCGCCGCAGAUAUGGGACUUGCACUAAACCCAAAAACUGUGAGUACAGAUUUCGAACUGGCUGCAAUCAACGCUAUUCGGACGUUGCUCCCGUCGUCGGACGUGCAUGGUUGUCUGUUCCACUUGUGCCAAUCAGUAUGGAGGAGAGUGCAACACCUAGGGCUGGCAGUGCUCUACAAAAAUGACGUAGAUGGCUUCGCCAUCAAGGUGAGGCAGCUCGCAGCGCUUUCGUUCUUGCCCACCGAAGAAGUACGAGAUGCCUAUGCGUCCUUGAAACCACUCUUCCCGCAAGAAGCCUCUGACUUGCUGCGAUGGUGGGAGGACAACUACCUGCUCGGGAAAUCACGCCGCCGUGUGGCCGGAGGUAACUCCACCGUGAUCAUACGUAGUUCACCGAUAUUCCCCCCAUCUCUUUGGAAUGUGCUUGCCCUCACUCAGGACGGAUUUCCAAGAGGCAACAACGCCGUGGAGGCAUGGCACCGACGAUGGGAAAUAUUGGUUGGCGCACAACACCUAAGGGUCUCCCGCCUCAUCACCACCAUGAAAAGGGAGCAGGCCAGAGUCGAAGACGACAUCGAGGGAGCGAUCAGAGGCCAACGCCGCCGUUUACAAAACAAGAAGCAGAAGUUACGUGAAAGUCGUUUGGCAGCUGCUCUGGCCAACCGGGACAAUGUGGAUGUUCUACGUUUCCUACGAGGCAUUGCACACAAUUUAUCUGUAUGA